AUGGGCGAGCAAGGAGACCAGCGCAUGGGGGGACUUGAGGGGAUCCACCCUGAUGAGGAGUGGGCCGACGAACUUGAGGCCAUGAUAGACCAGUCUUUGCGGGAUGGGGUUGAGAAUGUCAACAUCCAGCGAGGAGCUAGUAUAGUGAUAGCAAAACUCAACAGCGAGGAGCUGUUGAAGGAUGCCAUCGCGCUCGAGCCCAUUUACUAUCCCUAUACACUAGAAUAG